CAUCGCGCAGCUCAACCUCAUCCUCUGGAUCCACGAUGAUAUCCUCGAAUCGUCCGACUCACCGCACGAGAGUGCCACAGUCGUCGAAAAAGUGACAGCCAGCUGGGCCGACAUUCUGGCUUCUCCCGACAAAUCCGCCCCGGACGCUGCAGAUGCUUUCGCCAGCCUCGCCCGGCAAAUCCUGAACAGCAAUGGACAGGGGAAGGGGCUGAUUCAGGGAUAUCUCAAAUGGAUGGCGUUCAUGCGCUCCCCAAUGCGAGACCAGUUCUCCUCAUUGAGAGACUAUCUGGACUACCGGGCGGUGGAUAUCGGACGCGACUAUAUCUUGGCUGCCGUGAAAUUCGGCAACCGGAUCUGCAUCUCCUCGGCCGACGAAACGGCUCUCAGCCCAGUGAUCCAGCUGGCCAUGGACCAUAUCAUCUUGACAAAUGACCUCUUCUCCUACGACAAGGAAAGCCGCGAAGCCGAGACCUGCGCCAAUGCGGUCCGAUAUCUGGAGCAAGUCCUCGCCGUGGAUGCGGGCGCAGCCAAGAUCCUCAUCACCAGUCUUCUCCGUCAGACAGAGACUCGCAUGCAUGCCGAACUAGCAAGUCGGCGCGGUUCGAACGCACUGAGCCCGUCACAGCUGCGGUAUGCACGGGGGGUGAUCGAGGCCGCAGCAGGGAAUGUGGCUUUCUCGAUUACCACGCGGAGAUACAGCGCCAUUGGUGCAGGUCAGACAUGCGAGAAGAAAUGCUGUUCGUAG